AUGGGUGCUGAUUGGGGACCAGUCAUUGUUGCUGUGGUCUUGUUCAUCCUCCUUUCGCCAGGGCUGCUAUUCCAAUUACCAGCAAGAACUAGGGUAAUGGAGUUCGGAAACAUGAUGACAAGUGGGAUUGCUAUUCUGGUUCAUGCCGUCAUAUACUUCUGCAUACUGACCAUCUUGAUCAUAGCAAUUGGUAUUCACAUACAUGUCAACUAA